GGAGAAUGCCAACUCAAUUCAUUCCUCAAAUCACAAAAAUCCACUUGCAUGCUUCUCAUUGCUCUCAAAAAUGGAACAAAAAACGAGCCUAGUUUCAUCUCUCUUCCUCUUCUUCCUUCUCUAUGGAACCUUGGCUUCCCCGACCCUAAAACCCAGUUUUAAGCCUCGUCCUCCUCCUCACCACCCUUGCAGACACCUAGUUUUCUACUUCCACGACAUUAUCUACAACGGAAAAAAUUCUAAAAACGCCACGGCAACCAUUGUAGGUUCACCGGCUUGGGGCAACAAGACCAUUUUGGCAGGACAAAACCAUUUUGGUGACCUAGUUGUGUUUGAUGACCCAAUAACUCUGGACAACAAUUUGCACUCAACCCCAGUUGGUCGUGCCCAAGGCUUCUACAUUUACGACAAGAAGGAAAUCUUCACUGCAUGGCUUGGCUUUUCCUUUGUGUUCAACUCCACCCAACACAAAGGUAGCAUCAACUUUGCUGGGGCUGACCCAUUGAUGAACAAGACUAGGGACAUAUCGGUCAUUGGCGGGACGGGUGAUUUCUUCAUGGCUAGAGGGAUUGCUACUUUGAUGACUGAUGCAUUUGAGGGUGAAGUUUACUUUCGUCUCCGAGUUGACAUUAAGUUGUAUGAGUGUUGGUAAAUUUUUUUGUAGCUAUUUUGCAUGCAUGGCAUGGCAUACUUUCAUUUUCGUUCGUUUGGUCUUGAUCCAAGUUGUGUUUGUCAAAACAGUGAUGUUUCCAUCCAAGGAAGAAAUAUAAUUCAUUUGGUUUCGUGAUUAA